AUGUCGCUUCGAGAGAGCAUAUUCAGUAUCGGAUCACGAAUGAUCCACAGAGGCGAUGAUGAUAUAAAUUUUGAUGGUGCAUGUCAAUCAAAUACGUGCCGUGGACCACUUUUAACCUGAACGACUAUAGUAUUCUCCUAAUCUUCGGUUACAGUCCUGACUCUCGAUGAGUUGCAAGACAUGCAGGAUGACCUGUUGCAAAAGAUCUGGAUGCUGACUCUAGAAAACGACGUGUACGAGCGAUACCUGUCCCGACAAGAUCCUCAGGGCCUAAAAACUAUAAAGAAUAUCUUAGAGAGGGCAAAAAUCACACGACGAGUCACAGCACACUUGAUACCGAGAUCAUCGCGUAUAAGCUUCCGGGAGAGCAUAAUGAGUUUCCAUGAUUUUGGCAAACAUAGUAUUGCUAGUUCACCCAGUGUGGCUAGCAUGCGGACAUUAAGUAGAUUUGGAACACCAAGUCUCAUGACAGUGGGAACUACUAGCGAUACUGCCAAGUUAGCAUAUCAUUUGCGUUAG